AGAUGUGCUCAUACUUUUCUGUGUUUGAGCACAUUUUCCCCACUUCGUUUGGUUCUUACUACCUUUUUGAGCAUAUGCUAAUGUAUCGAUGUCGAAUAAAUCUUUGUCAACAGCGAGGGGGAGAGAUGGAGGCACAAAACAUGUGGGAGCUUCUCCGUCUCACUCCUCAGAGGCGGUGAAGCAAAACAAGAAGGGCUCCGCAUGCGCCAGUCUCCCGGGGAAACGUAGAGAAAAAGAUAGCGCUUCCACUGACGAAGCUAGAGCUGCAUCGAUGAAAAAACUCGUUGAGGCAUAUAUGGAGAAGAAGUUCUUGUCGAAGUUUGCCCCGAAGAGGACUAAAACUGCACGGAUGCGUUGCACGAAGAGCCAGCAGCAUGAACGGCACCGCCAACAACUCAAGAUCAGGCAGAGGAAAGCUGGAACACGUGAUUCAUUGAACAGUUCUGGAGAUGAUCCAUCUCGUGUACAGGGAGCAGGUUGCUGUCCCGGCAAGGGACAAAUGAAUCAGCGACAUGUUCACCAAGUCUGCAGCGCGGCCCUCGCCGAACUGCGUUUUUUUUAAGACAUCGUUCUUGGAUUAGGUUCAAGGGCAUCGAGCUAAACGUCAUCACCUGAAGAUCGCCGCCGCCCUUGAGAACAUUUUAUGAGAGGUGAAUCAUCCCCCUUACUGUGUGUUGGUCUGCGACUUCAUACCGUCCGGUUGUGAAUUUUUAACGGAUCAACUAGACGUAAACUGCAAGUAAACGGACAUUUCUGCGCGAUCCGUCUGAUCGACUGGAGGGAUGUGUCCUUUAAUGCACUCAUGUGCCACUCGUAUGAAUCCUCUGGUUUCUGCCGGCGUUUCUUGAAAGGUCAAUC